UCCUCCCGCGGCCGCCGGCCUGAUAAAUGAGGGACUUCGGCUUUGGGGUGCUGCACACCGCCCCUCUCCGAAGCAACAGCCCCGGGUCCCUGUUCAGCGGCGGAGCGUACUGUCCCUCCGCCGCGGGACCCGCCGCCCCACUGCCCUCCGCCACGCCCUUCGGCCCGCUCUCGCCGCCGCCGUUGCCUGUCACCGGCUUCUCGGAGGCCGCCUCCCCCUUGUCGAUCCCCCUCGGCUGCGGCGGCGCGGACCGCUCGGCUGCCGUCGCCGCCGCCGCCGCCGCUUCCUCUUCCUCCCCGUUCCUGGCGCAUCAGCAGACCAUGCAGGAUGAGCUGCUGCUGGGGCUGACACAGCAGCCGGCGCGGCCGCUCUCGGGGGCGGCGGCCACGGAGAAACUCCCCAACCACCACCCCGGCGGCGGCACGAACGCGGGUGUGACCCACCUCCUCCCCUCCCAGGACUUCAAACCGAGUCUGCACCACCCCUCCUCCUCCUCCGCCUCCUGCUGCUGCUGCCGCCGCACCUCCUCCCCGCAGGACUUCAGUAAGCGGCAGCAGCAGCAGCUGAGCAGCCAGAAGAGGAAAGAGUUCAGCCCUCCCCAUCUUCCCCACCCUCCGGACUCGAAGCCGCUGCCGCCGCCGCUCCACUGCCCAGGCCGGUUCAGCCCGCCUUUCUCGGCGGCCGCCGUGCCCCCGCCGCCCGCCAUGAAUUUACCUCAGCAGCAGCCCCCGCCGCCCGCGGCGCCGCAGCAGCCGCAGAGCCGGAGGUCGCCAGUCAGCCCGCAGCUCCAGCAGCAGCACCAGGCGGCGGCCGCCGCCUUCCUGCAGCAGAGGAACUCCUACAACCACCACCAGCCUCUUCUGAAACAAUCUCCUUGGAGCAACCAUCAAAGCAGUGGCUGGGGCACUGGAAGUAUGUCCUGGGGAGCGAUGCAUGGCAGAGAUCAUCGUAGAACUGGAAACAUGGGAAUUCCAGGAACUAUGAAUCAGAUAUCUCCAUUGAAGAAACCGUUUUCUGGUAAUGUCAUAGCACCACCGAAAUUCACUCGCUCUACUCCAUCACUGACUCCAAAAUCUUGGAUUGAAGAUAAUGUGUUCAGAACUGACAACAAUAGUAAUACACUCUUACCCUUACAGGUGAGAUCUAGUUUGCAGUUGCCAGCUUGGGGCUCAGAUUCACUCCAAGAUAGUUGGUGCACUGCAGCCGGAACAUCCAGAAUAGACCAGGAUCGAAGUAGAAUGUAUGACAGUUUGAAUAUGCACUCUCUGGAAAAUUCCCUCAUUGAUAUUAUGAGAGCAGAGCAUGAUCCUCUUAAGGGUCGAUUGAGCUAUCCACAUCCAGGAACUGACAAUCUAUUGAUGUUAAAUGCGAGGAGUUAUGGGCGAAGACGAGGUCGUUCUUCCCUCUUUCCAAUAGAUGAUGGCUUGCUGGAUGAUGGGCAUAAUGAUCAAGUUGGUGUUUUAAAUUCACCCACAUGUUAUUCAGCUCAUCAGAAUGGAGAGCGAAUAGAACGUUUCUCUCGAAAAGUUUUUGUUGGUGGUCUUCCUCCAGACAUUGACGAAGAUGAAAUAACUGCUAGCUUCAGAAGAUUUGGACCUUUGGUCGUGGAUUGGCCUCAUAAAGCAGAAAGCAAGUCCUAUUUUCCACCAAAAGGCUAUGCAUUCCUUCUCUUUCAAGAAGAGAGCUCUGUUCAGGCACUGAUUGAUGCUUGUAUUGAAGAGGAUGGAAAACUCUAUCUGUGUGUUUCCAGCCCAACCAUCAAGGACAAACCUGUUCAGAUCCGUCCUUGGAAUUUGAGUGAUAGUGAUUUUGUGAUGGAUGGUUCUCAGCCUUUGGAUCCUCGAAAAACAAUUUUUGUUGGAGGUGUUCCUAGGCCAUUACGGGCUGUGGAGCUUGCUAUGAUCAUGGACCGGCUGUAUGGUGGAGUGUGUUAUGCAGGGAUUGAUACAGAUCCAGAGCUGAAAUAUCCAAAAGGUGCUGGUCGAGUUGCUUUCUCCAAUCAGCAGAGCUACAUUGCUGCCAUCAGUGCUCGGUUCGUUCAGCUUCAGCACGGUGAUAUUGAUAAACGUGUGGAGGUGAAGCCAUAUGUGCUGGAUGACCAGAUGUGUGAUGAGUGCCAGGGCGCACGCUGUGGCGGCAAGUUUGCUCCCUUUUUUUGUGCCAAUGUCACUUGCCUGCAGUAUUACUGUGAGUUUUGUUGGGCAAAUAUCCACUCCCGUGCAGGACGUGAGUUCCAUAAGCCAUUGGUAAAGGAAGGCGCUGAUCGCCCACGUCAGAUCCACUUCCGCUGGAACUAAGAACAGCUGACCGGCCUCUGUUCAACAAGGAAAGAAAGGGUGCAUGUGGCUUACUGUGUCUGAAGAUACUGACAUGCAGAAGAAAUAAGUGCAUUCUUCUGCUUUCACCCCAGCUAUCAAUACAUGCAUCUUUAUCAGCAGCCAAAACACUACAAGCCUCUUGUUUUUCACCAAAACCCUACAUCUCAGGCUUACUAAUUUUUGUGAUAUUUUCAUGUUAAAAUAAAAUGUUCUUUUGUAUUUUCUCCAAGUUAUUUUUAUAUGUAAAGUUAAAGUUAGAUAUGAGAAUGUUUUGCGUAGGGGCAAACAGUCUGCUGCUAUAUAGUGGGUGAAGCGUGCACUUAUUUCUAAACGUGGGUUUUUAACUUUAAGAUCUGCCCCAGUAAUUUACCAAAGGUAGCAAAAUAAUAGUGAAGAUGGAAUAUGUCUGCUACAAAGGCUUAUUUUUAUUGUUGCUAUUUUCAGUGUAUACAUAAACUAAAAAAUUAGGGUUGUUUUUUUGCUCUCCAUUUUGACUUGCAAGAAAUAAUACCUCAAGAUAAUCUGAUUUAUUAGCUAUUUUUAAACAUUUUUAAUCACAAGCUGUAUUAGCUUUGCUGCUAUAUAGGUGUUAUGUGUAAAUGCCACCUAUUAAUACGGGAUUGAAAACGUUAGAGACACACUGCAUUGCAGAUAAAAUGCAGGCAGCACAAUAUGGCCUAAACUGCCAUAGUUUUAGAAUGUGAAAAAAAAAUGCAUGUUUACUUACCUGUAUACACCAUAUGCAUGCACUAGAAUUAUUAACAAGAGGUGAGGUAUUGCAAAUGUUCAAAAAAGCUCUCUUGAACUAGGUAGCAUGAACAAAUUAUAAAAUUUGUUUAAAAAAAGCAAACUUGCAUGCAUUAUUGUGACUUCAAGUUAAAAAACAAUGUCCUACAUGUGUACAAUAUGCAAAUUAGUUUUAGAUUAGAGAGUGCAGCCAUUUUGUGAUCUGGUCGGUAGUGGAAUUCGAUUUUAUGCAGACUGGAUGUAAUAUUUGUAAUCCCUGUGCAAUUUUGUGAUGUGCGGUUCUAAUUCAUGUGCAGUGAUAUAGUAUAGAUAAAAGAUUGAGUAAAAGAACAAUACUAGAAUUUUAAAGAAAGUUGAUUUUAGCCCCUUUGAUAGUUCAUGGUUAAGACAUCCUUUAUAAACCAAAGAUGGCCAGCACACUGCUAACCGGUCACCAAAUGUAAGGCCCACAGGAAGCCCAUAUUUAAACAAAGGAACUUUAUCAAAGAAUGCAAAACUAUAAUAAACCUAAGUAAAGUCAAAAUGGAGAUGGGGAAAUAUACAGAUGGCUAGUUGCAUAAAAUUCAAUUUAACCUUAAAGAUAAUGGUGAAAUCUGGCUUAAACUUGCUUAUGUGUUUGACCUAUGUAUAUUGGGGUCUUCUGUCUAAACUGGGGUCACUGUUGCAUGGAAAUUGUUGUUCUUAAUGGUUAAAAAUUGCUUUUUUUAAAUUUUGAUGAAGGAAUUUUGGUAAUGACUUUGCUUGCAGUUUUUUUGAGAAAGUGGCAUGGAAACAUGCAAUAGUUAGUUUCUCUUGGUACUGAACACUAUUAGAAUAUCAUUAGUGAUAUUUUUUCUCUUUAGAGCAUUUUUAAUGCAACUAGCCCCUAUAUUUUAAUGUAAGAGUUACUCUGCGAUCUAAGCAAAGCAUCCAACAAUGGUAGAUGUUUUUUAAAAUGCUGAAAUAAGAUUCUUGACUCUAAAGAGAGAAAAUUACAAGGGUGUUGCCUUAUUGCAGCCCCUUGGGACAAUCCUUCAUGUGAGCAAAGUGUUGAUCUUAAUAUUGGUUGUCUAUGGUGUGCUUUUUUGUACUGUAAAAAUAUGUGGUUCAUGUCUAACUCUGCUGUUUUAUUGUGGUUGUGGUUCAAGUUUUUAAUGUUUAAAGUUGAUGCUGUUUUCAGAAGAGCUUUUUACUAAUUUAUUUGUCAAUGUUCCCUAUUUGUUACUUAACCAUGAUCCUCCAGAUUUUUGGAGUAUUCUUUUCUAACCUUAACCCUGCCAACCUUGAUCCAUUUGACAUUUGUUAUGCACUAUUUUUAUAUCUCUGUGAGAGAUUUUUUCCAACAGUCAGCUAUUUUAUGGCACACUUUUUUUGACUGAUGACAUCUCCUUUGCUAUACCUCAAUUUUUGGAAUUUAGAAAAGAAAUCAGUAGUUUUGCAAUGUUAAUUAUUUAGAUAUUUAAUUUCGCAGAUUUUUUAACUUUAUUUUCAUAAUUUCUGCUUAAUGUUUAAAAUUGAAGAGCCUUUUUGUGUAUUAAAUAAUGAACACUAAAAUAAAUUAUAUGAUGAAAAUAAUUGGAGAUGUUGGAAAUCAGUUUCCCUUCUUAAACAGAAAUAAAUAUUGAAAAUGAAGGGAAAUGUAAUAGAACACCCUUUUCACCAUGGGUGAAAAUGACAGAAAUGUAUGGUUUGUUUUACCUUCAUUUCUGUUACAAUUAAAGCUUGUUAGUCUAAUCUUUUACUGCUCCCCACCUCACCCCUACCUCUUUUUUUUUUUUUUUUUCGUUUUACGUACUGCAUUCUUAUUUUCUGUUAAACACUGUAUUGGAGUUUUUUUUUUUUAAUUUACAGAUCAUAUUUAUUUUACUAUUUUUGUAGAAAAUUAUUAAUUUUGAUUGUAUUUUUGUAUUUUCAAAGCUUCUUCACUUGUGUUCCCUAAAUGUUCAUAUUGCUGCC